AUGGCACCUCUCGAGAAUGGCCAUGCCAAUGGCUUGAACGGCGAGACUACCACGACCACCUCCCUCCGCUUCUCCGACAUCCCCGACGCCAUCGACAUCCCGGCCUCCAGUUUCGACAGCGAAGUCGAAGUCAGUCUCCUCGAUCUCCCAGAAGACCCGACCGAACUGUGCACACUGCUCGAGAAUGAGCGCGCCGCCAAGAACUUCUGGGUCAUCAUUGCUCUGGCCUACGCCAAGCGAAAACAACUCGACCAUGCGCUUGACAUCCUACAAAAGGGCCUCUCCUCCGUCGCCCACGGCGCGACAAAGGAGAAACUCGGACUCCUGGGCUGGAUCUGCUGGCUGCUCAUGCUGAAGAGUCGACAGGCGCCGCGUGUCGCGCCGGAGGGCGAGCUGUACACCGAAGCAAAGACGAAAGAUUUCUACCUGCAGCAGGCCACGUCAAUUCUCAACGAGGCCUCUCGCUUGAACCCGGCCUACCCGCCUCUGUUCCUGGCUCGCGGUGUCUUGUGUCUUCUCCGUGCAUCGUUGCAUCCGCCUCGCGCGGUGCGCCCUGGUACGGUCGACACGUCUGACCGUGUGGAAUCGCUGCGGCAGGCGCUGAAAUGUUUCGAUGAGUCUUCCAAGGCUUUUGGUGGGCGGAAUAUUAUGGCUAUUCUGGGUCGCGCGCGUGCGCUGUACAUGCUGGGGCGAUAUGCGGAUGCCCUGGCUGAUUACCAGAAGGUCCUGAUGCAGGUGCCGAACUUGACAGAUCCCGAUCCCCGAAUUGGUUUGGGUUGUUGUUUGUGGCAGCUGGGUUUCAAGGAUCAGGCCAAGGUUGCUUGGGAGCGUUCGCUGGCUCUGAACCCCGAUUCCAAGGUUGCCAACGUCCUUCUCGCCGUUUACUACCUCCACGACAGCUCCCGUCGCUCGACCACUGACCCCAAGUUCGGAUCUUUGUAUAAGAUGGCCAUGACGCAAUACACACAAAAAGCAUUCAAGUUGGAUAAGGAAUACCCCAUGACCUGUGCCUUGUUCGGUGGCUACUUCCUCCUCCGCAAGGCAUACCCCACGGUCGAGACCUUGGCUCGCAAGGCCAUUGAGCACACGGACGUCAUGCCCAUUGCUAGUGAUGGCUGGUAUCUCCUCGGACGGAAAUCACACUACGAGGGGGAUGUCGCACGCGCAACAGAGUUCUACAAUCGCUCCGACCAGGCUCGUGGUGGCGGCGACAAGGGCUAUCUCCCGGCCAAAUUCGGUGCUGUGCAGAUGCAGGUUACGAACAAAGACUUGGACGGUGCCAAGUUCAAGCUCGAGAAGAUCGUACAGAGCUCCAAGAACGCCGAGGCGAUGAUGUUGCUCGGUGCUCUCCACGCGGAGGAAGUCUUCGCCGCACAACGCUCUGGUAGCAAGGAAGACAAAUCCAACGAAAGCAAGCGGGCUAUCACGCUCCUCGAGUCUGUGCGUUCGAUGUGGAAGGACGAGAAGCAAAUGCUCACACCGGAUGAAUCAGUGCUGGUCUAUCUGGCUCGGCUUUAUGAGAGCUCGGCACCCGAGAAGAGCAUGCAGUGCUUGACGCAGCUGGAGGAGUUGCAGAUUGCCAGCAUUCCCGAGAGUGAGCGGCCGGAUAUCGAGGAUGACAAUCAGUUGAAGUCUGCUCUGCGGGAGAGUCUUCCCCCUCAGCUUCUCAACAACAUGGGCUGCUUCUUGUACCAGAGUGAGAAGAUUGCUUUGGCACGUGGCAUGUUCCAGUCUGCUUUGAACGCUUGUGUACAGUCUUCAGAGCGGGAAGGUGGUACCGAUAAUGACGCGCUUGUUACCACGAUCAGCUAUAACUUGGGUCGGACGUACGAGGCUGCUGAUAUGUGGGAUGAGGCCAAGAAGGUGUACGAGGGUCUGCUCGAGCGCCACAGUGAUUACACCGAGGCUAGUGCUCGUCUGACAUACAUUGCCCUGCGCCAGAGUCCCACCGACGAAGGUCCGAAGAAGAUUGCCAAGCUGUACGAAAACGACUCUUCUAACCUGGAGGUCCGCUCUCUCUUCGGUUGGUAUCUCAGCAAGUCGAAGAAGCGAGUCUCAAACAUCAAUGAAGACCCCGAACAGCGCCACUACAAGCACACUCUGCAAUAUCACGAUAAGCAUGACCGGUACGCCCUGACCGGCAUGGGUAACGUCCACCUUCUCGUGGCUCGUGACAUGCGCCGCGACACCGACCAGGAGAAGGAGAAGCGCCGCAAGAUGUACCAACGUGCCGUCGAGUUCUUCGACAAGGCUCUACAGCUGGACCCAAAGAAUGCCUACGCCGCCCAGGGUGUCGCCAUCGCUCUGAUCGACGAUAAGAAAGACCACAGCAGCGCUGUGCAGAUUCUCGCCCGUGUCCGCGACACCAUCAAGGAUCCCAGUGUCUAUCUGAAUCUCGGCCACGUCUACGCCGAGCUCCGCCAAUACUCGCGCUCAAUCGAGCACUACGAAGCCGCGCUGGCCAAGGACCGUGCCCGCGACGUGCAAAUUCUCGCUUGCCUGGGCCGUGUCUGGCAACUAAAAGCCAAACAAGAAGGCAGCCUGCAAUCCAUGAAAACAGCCCUGGAAUACGCCCAGCGCGCCCACGCCGUCUCCCCAGACGCCCUCCACCUCCAAUUCAACGUCGCCUUUGUGCAGAACCAAAUCGCCUCGCUAGCAUACGGCCUCGCCCCGACGCAAAAGACCCUUCAAGACGUCGAAGAAGCCGCCGAAGGUCUCAAAGAAGCCAUCGACACCUUCGACCGUCUAUCCAAGGAGAAGAGCCCGCCCUACCCAGCCAGCGCCCUCGAACAGCGCGCCAACAUGGGCCGCACAAUCGCCAAGCAACUCGACCGAGCCCUGCAAAGCCAGAAGGAAUACGAAGAGAAGAACGCGACCAAACUGCGUGAAGCCCGCGAAGCCCGCGCCGCAGCUAUCGCCGCCCGCGAGGAACAAGUCCGCAAAGCAGAAGAAGUCGAAGCCGAGCGCAAGCGCAAGAUCGCCGCCGAACGCGCCCAAAUGGUCGAAGAAGCACAGCGUCACGCCGCACAACGCGCAGAGCGAGAACGUGCCCGUGAAGAAGCCGAGUUAACCGACGGUAGCGACGGCGAGCGCGUCAAGCGGAAGAAGAAGGUUGGCAAGCGCAAGAAGAAGGACGACUUUGUCGCGGCUGAUGACGAGGACGCUGGUACCGGUGGUGGCAGUGACGCGGGGAUUAGCGAGAGCGAAGCCGCACCGAAGAAGAAGCGUCGUCUUGAGAGGAGGAGUGGCGGCAAGGCGUCGAGUAAAUUCAAGAGUUCGGAGGUUGUUGUUGACUCGGAUGAAGAUGAUGAGGAGGGUGUUGCCGCGUCGCCGAAGGGUGAUGACGAUGACGAGGAUCUUUUCGGUGGUGAGGAGGGGGAGCGUGGUCAGGAGGAAGAAGCUGCGCCGCGGAGACGUGGGAAGGCUUCUCGUCGGAUUGAGGAUGAUGAUGAUGACGAGGAGGAAGAGGAGGUUGUUGAAAAGGAUGCUCCCGCUGCUGCUGGCGAGGGUGACGAUGAUGAUCUCUUUGGUGACAAUAUGGAGGAGGAUUGA